AUGGCGCCAGCUAUCGAGCUCGGUCUUAAUCACUUCCGGCCUCCACCAAAGCCUGGCUGCGUCGGAUGGGGAAAGGAAGAGGUCGCUCAAGAUGAGCGCCAAACUUCGAUGCUGGACCUACCGUCACCAAAGCAGCGCCGUGAACGCGAGCCGGAGCCUGAUUUGGGCCCACUACACAAUGCGGAGCAUUUGCAGGAAGCAGAGAAGGCGAAUCUUGACGCGCUGAAGGCGCGCGAUCCUGCCUUGAAGGAGCUUCUGGAGGAAGAUGCUGAUGCAUUGGAAAGUCCGGAGGUCAAGUCUGCCUUUGAGCUUUACAGGCUAAGCCUUAUAGCUCUGGAUGCUGGCGGCGCAUUGGCCCGAAAGGCCUUUCGAGCAGUAGUGCAAGAUGAUGCAGAGGAGCUGCGGCGCCUCUUCGAGACAACAACUCUACGAUGGGAUGCUGAGAACUCUGGUGGGCAAUCCCUGAUGGAGGUGGCCUUGGAGCGCCAGAAGCUUGUGCCAAAUUGUGCUAAUUUGUUGCUACAAGCUUUUGCGCAGUUCACCAAAAGUUUUCGGCAGCAGAACGCAUGGGAAAUCUGGGUAGUAUGCAAACUCUUUGUUUUCUUUCAAUCGGUCAAGGAGAGAGCUGUUGGCGUAUGUGUUCGUGCUUUGGAAGGUAACUAUGGUAUGAGACAAAGUGCUGUCGCAAUCACGUGGAGUGUACAUCCUUGGAAAUAUCUCUGAUAAUCGACUGGCUGUGUCGAACAAGGCUUGCGGCC